AUGGCGUCACAAGUACAAGAACCGGAGCUUCGUUUCGAGGCGUGCGCCGCAACAGCAUCGCUUUUCCUAUAUGCACAGGAUUCCACAGUCCUCUGCCUUCACCAUGACACCCUCGCGGUCGAACGACGAUUUCAGAGCCACAAGGAGAAUAUUGAUUUUAUUUCGGUGGAUAAUGUGAGCGAACGGGGUGCGGGCAGACUGGUUGUCAGUUAUGAUGUAGGACAGACAGCUAUUGUUUGGGAUAUUUUUACCGGAUCAGAAAUCUCAAGAUUUGCAUCUUUCGACCAUCUACGGGUGGCAUCAUGGCUGCGCAAUGGAAAUGUCGCAUUUGGUAACGACAAGGGCGAAGUUAUCCUUUUCGAGCCCUCAACAUCAGAACAUAUCUCUUCGCGAACUAUUUUUGACCCUAUUACUUCUCUUGCUCCUUCUAUGGAUUGUCGUACCUAUGCGAUUGGCUAUCAAAAUGGAUCAAUCCUGAUCGCAAAUCUCCUUCCCCAAUUUACCAUCCUUCACACAUUAACCACAUCGCGCGGUCCGUCACCUAUCAUAUCGAUCGCCUGGCAUGCUUCUUCUUCGAAGCAGAAAUCGGACAUGCUGGCUACGCAAGCUCAAAAUGGCGACCUACGAGUAUGGAGCGUAUCAAAGCCCGCGGGAAAGGAGUCCCCGAGAGUAAUUCGUGUGCUGAAACGAUCCGAUUCAACUUCUGCAGAGCCGAAAUGGAUGGCAUGGUCUAAAAAUGGAAAAAUUGUGCAAUACCUUGAAGGAGAAACAUGGGCUUGGGAUGUGCGAACAAAGCAUGUUACGUAUGAACCAAUUCCUACGGUAGAUGGAGUUCGGGGACUUGCAAAUCAUGGCCCUACAGCGACACUGUUUACUAUUGGCCCACACAACACAGUCCAGCAGUACGAUUUGGAGACCCCGGGAAUGGUUGCAAAUGUGCAGCAUGCACCAGUCAGCUCUAGAUCAGUUGUUUCUGAGAAUCAACGGUCACAAACGAUGUCUCCACCGAGACGUUUGCAGGACCCCCCAAACAUUCGAGAGCAGUCUAGUUCGCGACAGCCACCAUUUGAGUCCAACAACCUCGACAACCUAAAGCAGCAACGAUCAAAUCUCAUUAGCCCCGCUUCUUCUAGGAGUCGAACGGAAUCUGUGAGCUCUAAAGCCUCAUCUGGAAAGUUCAGAACAGGUCCAUUUGCGCCGCCUAGUGUCUCAGCGCACAGUGCAACAACAUUUUCGCUCGCAUCGGGUGACAAUGAUACACCGCAGCCAUCAGCUGGGUAUAAUUAUGCCUCUUCAGUCUCAAUGUCCUCGGUAAGAAGCUCUCGAGCUGGAUCUCGGACAGGAUCCCGACUGCGAAAUGAGGUGCAAAUGAGCCCUGCUGAGAAGAAUGUUGUUGAUCUAUUUCCAUUCAUCCGGGCACGGUUAAACGACGUCCCAUACAAGCCACAACCUUCAAUAGAUGAGAACAGUUUGACACCCAAUGAUCUACGCCACCAAAUGCUGAGCGUUGUCUUUGGCUGGGAAGGAGAUAUCUCAGAUUUGAUUAAGGAUGAGUGGAGUCGUCAUGCGUAUGGAAGUCCAAGUGCGAUUCUUCUAGCGCAGUGGCUUGGAGAGACCAACACAGAUCAUAUGGCUGCAAUGAUCAGCUCUGGGCCAACGACUGCUUCGGAUUGGAUGCUUCUUGCCCUGAGCCAAAUGAAGGGACAAGCACAAGCAAACAAAGUUGGGCAAAGUUUUGUACAAAAGUUGCUGGAGGUCGGGGAUAUUCAUACUGCAGCCUCUAUUCUCCUUGGACUGGGAGACAGUAAUGAUGCCAUUGAAGUCUACGUGUCUCGCAAGCAUUUCAUGGAAGCUAUCCUUAUGACAUGUCUUUUGAUGCCGACAGACUGGCAACGCCAGUCAUAUCUAGUGCGACGAUGGGGAGAACAUGUUGUUACACAGUCUCAGCAGCAACUCGCCAUUCGUUGCUUUAUGUGCAGUGGUGCCGAGCCUUCUGAGCCAUGGACUUCCCCAGGCGCCCAGCAAGCAACUACAUUCGCUGAAGUUAUGGGUGGAAUUCCGCCAUUGACUGCGCCUGAAGUGAACCAAUCUAUAGAAUCCAAUGGCAUGGUGCCUCCACGUCCGCGAUCCGCCUCUUCUAGCCAACGAGCUGCUCCAAACCUGAAGGGCCCUGCACUCAAGCUUAUCACAUCUUUCGAUGCGAAAUCUAAUAAACGUUUCCGCUUCCCAGGAUUGAAAACUGAUGAUCAAACGCCCACAAACGCGCCCGGUGUUACACCUAUUGCUGAGUCUGCUGUGGCGGAAUCGGCCGUGGGCUCUUGGAAACUCAAUAACAUUCAGAGUCUUAACCAAGCAAUGACAUCGCGAACGACUACUCCUUCAUUUAACCGUCGCCGUCUCCCUUCAAUUGGCGAAACGCCCGUGGAUGUUCAACCUCCUAUUUUCUCUCGCGCUCGUUCUCAACAGAGCUCCAGUGCAUAUGGAUCAACAUCCGAGGCAGAUGAAAACAGUGGUCACGAGCAAAGCCAAGAUGAGCAGGUUGAUAAUGGAUUUUUGACACCAGCAAAAUACCACCACCAAGGUCUUGACUCCAUGAAGCCAAGCCCUCAAACAGCUGUUCAAGCUAUGGAUAAGUUUGCAGCUAUCAAGGGACUUCCUUCGCCAUCUCCCGGGGUCUUUGAGGCUCUAACGGACCGCUCUGAUUCUCGAAACGGAACUAGAAAUCCAAACGGCCUACAGCUUGAGCUCAUUCAUUCAGAACUGCCAUUCCCCGGCCCCCGUAGCCAAUCUGGUUUACUUCACAGCGCAAAAAGCACUUCCACUAUGAACAGCUAUACCUCUGCUAAGAGUCCCAGUGUUACUGGCCGGAGCAUCGACCAGUACAUCAGCAGUCUUGAAGAAGCAAACUACCAUUCGAAGAAGGUUGGCCGCGGAAGAAGAAAUACUGGAGAUAACGGUACCUCACGCAUGGAAUCCCGCGAAGAAUCUCGAGAAACAGCCCGUGGUCGAUACAUCCAGUCCGCGAAUCGAUCGCCAUCUUCCCCAGUGCCAAUGUCACCCGACGAGGUCGCCCGCUAUCAUAGUGGAGAGCUAGAAUAUCCCGAUCAGCCACGGAAAAAGUCGAAAUCCCGUGUUCGAAGCACCAGCCGAAUGAGAAAGGCUGGUUCACGCACCCGUCAGCGCUCUUCUAGCCGGAAACCAUCCAGCCGUAUGGGUGAGGCCUUGGCACGAGGUCGCAGCUCUGAUCGACAAGGCUCUUCUGCUCGAUCGCCAUCUUCGCCUUUACCGAUGACUCUUCCUACGCAAGAAUUAUCUCAACAAGGUGGCGCGGAGGACCCACUCCGUAUUGUUGUUGGGAACCAAAAGCGACUACGUUCGCAACAUCGCAGCGCUAGUCGUCGUCGCGCAGAACGGGGAACUAGCUCUAGGCGAGAAGGUUCGCCUGAGACUAAACACAAGGUGUCUUAUAGUCAGCCUGAGAUUCGUGCACCCCGAGAAUUUGACCUUCCUGCUCAACCUGAACGUUUCGAGCAAUUGAGCAGUAAGGCAUUUGGUCAUGAGGAAGUCUUGAGCGCGAAGGCAUUUGGGCAAGAUGAUACUCUCGGUAGCCAGGCCUUUGAACAGCAAUCCCUGGGAAGCCAAGCCUACGGACAAGAGUCUCUGGGAAGUCAAGCGUAUGGGCAGGAAAAUCUGGGUAGCCAGGCUUACGGGCAAGAAUCCGUUAGCAGUGAAGCCUAUGGACAAGAAUCUCUAGGAAGUCAAGCGUAUGGAGAAGAGAAUCUGUUAAGCAGCCAGAGAUUCGGGGAUGAGGAAGUCCUAAGUCCCUCAGCAUAUAGACAGGAGGAAACCUUAGGCAAUCAAGCUUUUGGACAGCAAACACUGGGCAAUCAAGCCUUCGGACAAGAUCAAAUGCUAAGCAGCAAGGCUUUCGGACAUGCAGACACCUUGAGCAACAGAGCCUUCAGCCCGGAGAACAUGUUUGUCAACGGACACAGCCAAAGCAGACCAGCCUCUACUGCCAAUGAACUCCAGGUCCAAAUUUCUCCAACAACACCAUUUGUCAGUCUGGCCGAGAGGAAGAGAAGAGAGCUAGCCGCCGCUGAAUUGGAAGCACGCCGCCUGUCCCUGGCACGGAACCCAUCUGCACCCAACAUCCCAUUCCCGGGAGAACUAGCCAGAUCACCUCUGGAAAGCCCACCUCCAUUCUAUGGAAACUCCUACUUCCCACGAGCCCCAUCUCGCAACAACAUCCCUCCAGCAAAAGUAUCGCCUGAGUACCAUAGCAGCUCGGAUUCAAGCUCUAGUUCUCGCAACCCCGUCGGACUUCCAGCAACGCCACGAGCAAUGCGGCACCCCAAGUAUGGCGGCGGCCAGGAAGAACGACCACCCUCCGUCCCUACCAUACCAACAAACAGCUAUGGAUAUGGAUCUCCCCAUCUAAACGAUGCCCGAUACCAAAGCGAAGCCGCAGAAAGAAUUGGCAGAUCAAUGUCCGUUCCCAUGCCAGAGGGUCCAGCAACCAGAUACAAGAAUCCACCUCCAGUACCAUCCGAGGUCCCGAUGCACCCGCAUUUCAACCCUAAUCUUCCCCGAAGCCGCUCAAACAGCCGUGUUCGUAACGGAGGCCACCGCCGCACCAGCUCAGGCGGAUAUGUCUCAAAUACCUCCCCCCAGCGCAAUCCAAGCAUCGAAGAAACAAUCGGAGGCUCAUUGCCCAGAAGACCAUCUGGACCACAAAUAGACUUGAUUCCACCCCCGCCUCCUCCGCCGCCAGCUCCUCCUCUCCUCCCCGAACUGCAGCAUCUAAGUGGUCCUCUACCUCCGCCUCCACCUCCAUUCCCAAUGCCAAUGGAUGUCAGCUCCCCACGACAGUCUACUGCUACAAUUGAUGUUGCCAUUGAUAAUGAGGACUUUGGCCGCCACAUUCCUCGUGCUAUGACGGCUGCUCCGACUAUUCAUGUUAAUGCGAGUGAGCCUAAGAACGGCAACAAAGAGAAACGUGGAUCAUUUGAGUCUCAGCAUCGUCGGAACCGGAGCUCAAACAAUGAGAGUUUCGCGAACAAGCUGCGCAGCUUAACUCGUAUUCGAGGUAAUAGUCGCAGCGUUGAACCAUGGGGCACGGCUACUGAAUGGGGAUCUGAUCCUCAUGAGCUCGACAUGCCGUAUGAAACAUUGCACUCUCGUGCCUAUGCACCCGGUCAGAACUACUACUAA